CACAAAAACAAUGGAAAAAUUUCGUGCGUAAUGAAAUAGAAUAAAUAUUGGCACAGUUAGAAAAAACCCCCAGAGAAAAACACAUUUUCUAAUCCCAAAAGUGCCAAAUGCGAUUUAAAAAAAUAUUUAAAUUGAAGCUUUCGUUAGUCAUUGCCAUAAAUACACUGUAGUUCAUAUUAAGAAGUAUUGCUUGCUAAUAUUUGUGAUUAUAUUAGCAUUCCAUUGAUAGAAAAUCUUGUCAACAAACAAAAUGAAUUCACUCCGAUUUUCCAUAUUCGUAGCACUGUGCAUUGGCCACAUAACGGCCACGAAUUAUUGUUCCUCAACCAUAUGCCCAAAAGGCACAACACACAUAGCUUGCCGUCACAAUGGUAAAUUUGCCUCCACUUGCCCCAAGGAUGCAGCCAUGGUCUCCUUAACGGCUGCUAUGCAAAAUAUCAUAGUAAACCGUCACAAUGCCAAGCGCAAUUUGGUAGCCGGUGGCACUGUGGCCAAUCACAAGGCAGCUUGUCGCAUGGCCACCAUGAAGUGGAAUCAGGAACUGGCCAACAUAGCAGCACUUAAUGUCCGCCAAUGUAAAAUGAGCCAUGACAGUUGCCGAAAUACGGACGCCUUCAAAUAUUCCGGCCAAAAUUUGGCCUGGAUGUCAUACAGUGGUACUGUGAACACAAACUCUAUGCUGGAGAAUCUGGUUGAUCUAUGGUAUAGUGAAGUUAAAAACAGCAAAAUGUCAAAUAUAAACUCAUUUCCGGUCACUUAUGAUAACAAAAAAGAAAUUGGUCAUUUCACAGUUAUGGUUGCUGAUCGAAAUGUCGCUGUUGGUUGUGCAGCGUCCACUUACACUCCAACGGGAUCAAAACAGAAGCAUUUUCUAUUAGCCUGCAAUUAUGCCACCACCAAUGUGUUGAAGAAGCCAAUCUAUGCAAGCUGUGCCAAGGCAGCCACUUCAUGUAAGAAAGGCAAGAAUGCAAAAUAUCCUAACUUAUGUGCCGCCUCGGAAGUCUUUGAUGUCAAUAAGUGGUAGUGUCAUUAAAGAAAUUCCUUAAAAGCAAAUAAAGCCGAACCAAGAAUAUUUUGACCUAAAUCCAGGUA